AUAAUAGAGAGGAAGAGAAAUAAUAGAGAUGGAGAGUGAAAGAAAAGCAGUAUUAGUGUUGGUUUUGGCAGUAGGGAUUGCUGUAUUGGUUGGGAGUGUUUCUGCACAGAAUUGUGGGUGUUCGAGCAAUUUGUGCUGCAGCAAGUGGGGAUACUGCGGCACUGGAGAUGAUUACUGCGGCACUGGCUGCAAAGAAGGGCCAUGUUCCACCUCCCCCACUCCCUCCACUCCCACCACUGGCGGUGCUGUCUCCUCCAUCAUCAGCAAGGAUUUCUUUGACGCCAUUCUCAACGCUGCAGACAGCUCCUGUGCUGGAAAGAGCUUCUACACAUACGAUGGCUUCAUCCAGGCUGCCAACGCCUACUCUGGCUUCGGCACCACUGGAUCUUCUGACGACGCCAAGAGAGAACUCGCUGCCUUCUUCGCCCAUGUCACCCACGAGACUGGAUCUUUCUGUUACAUUGAAGAGAUCAAUGGCGCAUCCAAAGAUUACUGCGAUGAAACCAACACUCAGUAUCCAUGUGUUGCAGACAAAGGCUACUUCGGCCGGGGACCCAUCCAGCUAUCGUGGAACUUCAACUAUGGUCCAGCAGGAAAGGACAUUGGGUUCGACGGGUUGAAUGAGCCGGAGAAGGUAGCGCAAGACGCCACCAUUUCGUUCAAGACAGCAGUGUGGUUUUGGAUGAAACAGAGCAACUGCCACAGCGCAAUCACCUCUGGACAGGGAUUCGGUGCCACAAUCCAAGCUGUCAAUGGCGAUGUUGAAUGUAACGGUCGUAAACCAGACAUCGUGAACAGGCGUAUAAAUUACUACAAAAACUACUGCCAGAAGUUGGGAGUAGAUCCAGGCUCCAACCUCUCCUGCUAACUUCACCUCAUCUCACCUCAUAUAUCUCCAAUUACAUUUACAAGAAGAAAAUAAGACGACAGAUGAACAUUCUGCCCUACUGUCAUGUCCAUUUGCUAAACAAAAUAAAAUUUCCAAGUGAAAUAAACGAUGUUGUCAAGAUUUUAAAAUUAAAAUAGUUUAACAGUUUGUUUUGAAAAUUUGUUUGAUUUAGUAUGAUGUGAUGGAACAAAAAUAUGUGAUGAAGCAGAAAUUCAAUAGUACAUGAAAUACUG